GGGCUGAUCUGCAAACUUGCGGUGAAAUUCCCGGCUCCGGCUUCCGCGGGGUGGAUUUGGAUAGCUCGGCGCAGGAAAAAUGGCGGCUUCCGCGCUCCACCUUCGCCUCCUCCCCUCGCCGCCGGCGAGUGUGAAGCUUCAGCAGCGACAGCUGCGCUCGUUGAGCCCCAGAAUACAGAGACAGGGUGGACUAUCUCGAAGAUUUUCGAAAGUUGUGUCCUAUUACGGUCUCACAACUCCACCAUAUAAACUGGAUGCUCUGGAACCUUAUAUGAGCAAGAGAACAGUUGAACUUCACUGGGGUAAGCACCAUCAAGAUUACGUGGAUGGCUUGAAUAAGCAGCUGGCUACCAGCCCUCUGUAUGGAUACACUCUGGAGGAUCUGAUAAAAGAAGCCUACAACAAUGGCAAUCCAUUACCAGAGUAUAACAAUGCAGCACAGGUCUGGAACCAUCACUUCUUCUGGGAAUCAAUGCAACCAGAAGGUGGUGGCGUACCUGUGGGAGGUGUGCUGCAGCAGAUUGAAAAGGAUUUUGGCUCGUUUACUAAUUUUAGGGAAGAGUUUAUCCGCUCAGCUUUACAACUAUUGGGAUCUGGUUGGGUUUGGCUUGUCUUGAAGAGAAAUGAGAGAAAACUUUCAGUGGUUCAUACACGAAAUGCUAUCUCCCCACUUGCUUUUGGCGAUAUUCCAAUCAUCAGCCUAGACUUAUGGGAGCAUGCUUACUACUUAGACUACAAGGAUGAUAGGCUAGCAUAUAUUACAAACUUUAUGGACCAUCUCAUCUCUUGGGAUACUGUCACUCUACGCAUGAUGCGUGCAGAGUCUUUUGUGAACCUUGGUGAGCCAACUAUCCCGGAGGCAUGAGCUACAGAUACACCCUAAUUAUCAUCAUGAGGUAUCCUUUGGAUACAUCGGAUCAUAUCCUGCUGCUGGAGGAACCAGAGAGCUGCAAAGUCUCAUCUCUCAUAAGAAAUGCUUAUCACUGUAAUGUCAUACACGCGAUGAAUGUAAAGAUAAGCUGCUGGGUUUUGCUACAUGGAAAUAACUAGUCAGCAUCCAGUUUGAAGACAUGCAACAAAGCAGCUCUAGAAGCUUUGGAGCUGGUAGAUUAUGGAGUUGGCAGUGAUCCAACUUGGGCUUUGAAGCCAUGACGCUUUCUCUAGACUGCUAUGCUUCAGAACGAGUGCCCAUAGUGUUGUUAGAAUAAUCUUGGUUGUGUGUUUUCAUGACUUCAUCAUCCUAAUGUUCUGUUGUAGCAGAUUCCGGAAUGGAACAAUAUGCUUGUUUUACUGGUUGAGGAAUCCUAACAGUUUUGGAUUAUAGGGAAAUCUUUCACGUGUAUCAAACACUGAGAGAGAAAGGAAGUUAAAACUUCAGAACUUGAAUGCAA